CUUCACUUGUCACGGACUCGCGUCCACAAACCACAACCAGCUCACUCAAGAACAAAGAACCCAACCCAUGGCUUCUCCCAAGCCGCUCCUCCUGCUCGCCACCUCGUUCCUGAGCUGCGGCCUCCUGGUGGCCGCCGACUACGCCCCAAUGACCCUGACCGUGGUGAACAACUGCCCCUACCCGGUGUGGCCGGGCAUCCAGGCCAACUCCGGGCACGACGUCCUGGAGGGCGGCGGCUUCUUCCUCCCGCCGCUCUCCCACAAGUCCUUCCCGGCGCCGGCCCACCCCUGGUCCGGCCGCAUCUGGGCGCGCACGGGCUGCGCGGGCGCCGGCGCGCAGCUCCACUGCGCCACGGGCGACUGCGGCGGGCGGCUCCAGUGCGGCGGGCUCGGCGGCGCGGCGCCCGCGACGCUGGCGUAGGUGAACCUCCACCACGGCAACGACCAGACCUCGUACGGCGUGAGCGUGGUGGACGGCUUCAACGUGGGCCUGUCCGUGACCCCGCACGAGGGCCGCGGCAACUGCCCCGUCCUCGCCUGCCGCAAGAACCUCACCGAGACCUGCCCCGGCGAGCUGCAGCUGCGCUCCCCGGCCGGCAGCGUCCUCGCGUGCAAGAGCGGCUGCGAGGCCUUCCGCACCGACGAGCUGUGCUGCCGCAACAUGUACAACAGCCCGCACACCUGCCGCGCCUCCAAGUACUCGGAGUUCUUCAAGCGAGAGUGCCCGCAGGCCUUCACCUACGCGCACGACAGCCCCUCGCUCACCCACGAGUGCGCCGCGCCGCGCGAGCUCAAGGUCAUCUUCUGCCACUAGAGCUCGGAGGGCUGGGCUGGGCUGGGCGCGCCGCGCCCGCCCGUGCGCCGCCGCCGCCAACAAGUGUCGCUAGUAGAGGUAGUAGGAUGCCUGGAAUAGCUGUGGGCCUGUGGGCUGUGGCUGUGUUCCCGUCGUGUCUGUGGCGGUGUGGCCUGUGUAGGCUGUCUGUACUCUGUAGUAUACUGGGUUGUUGGAUGCAUGCGUUCUGGCCGCAAGACUGAUGUCAUGCUGUUGCUGCUUACUACAGUUUGCAGUCUGAAAUAAAAACUUGUUUGAUGAGCA